CGUGCUCAUUCUACGCAAACCGUGGUUCCCCGUCAGCCUUCUCGCGUCGUCCGCUGUGCUGUCCACGUCCGCUGCUGCGUUGUCGCGUGCAGACCGGGCACUCCGAUCAGAGCGCGCGACAAUUCGCUGGACGCAUGGCGCCACGGUAAUUGGGCCCACGUGACCGUCAUUUGGGUUACUAUUGGCUUGAUCUUCGUCGGGCCCUCGGAAGAAAGCUCUGAUAGAUGCGAUUAUACCAGGCCACGGCCUGGCGCGGUCAGCAGCAGCUCUCUCAAUUUGAGUCAGGGGCUGUGCCGAGUCGAUAUAAGGCGAGCUAGGUGGGCGCAAAGUCGUUCUGACAGCGCCCCAACGUUCAACUUUGGCGCCUGCAUCAUCAUCUCGGGCCUCGGUCUUGCACGCUUGCGGUGUCUUGUCGGGCCGCUGAGGUGUGAUCGGCUGCAUUUUGGACUCGGAGGGAAGGUUUGUUGCUCAACGGUGCUACGAUUCACUCGCAAUAGGUUGCCUGCUGGUAGACGUCGACUUCGUUUCUCGCUACCAGUCAUUAGUUCAAGCGGACCGGAAGUUGCAGUUGCGAACCUGGAAUGCCAACUACACAUUGUAGAGCUUCACGGUGUCUCAGGGACAGUGACGUGAGGUGAAGGAGGCGGAGCACGUGAUCGUCAAGUUGAAGAGCGCUUUCGGCUUUAGGGGUCACACAGAUCCGAUGGCCCUGCAAAGUCGUUGUGGCCAGCCAGUCGAGGCUCCUUCCCCGUCCACGGGCCACAUGUGCGCAAGUCCCGACCUGGCUCCGAUUGCACGGACCAAUCAGCCACCCAUCAGAUCGGCUAGGCCUUUGAAUCCGUUUGUUGCUCCCCAAGCCAGCCUGGAUGCGAGACUAGACCUUACGAAUCUCCACUUGUCCAACGUCGAUCCGACCCAAAACGCAGAAUGGCAGGGGCAACAGUACAAUCGCACCUAGGAUCGAUUCCUGGCUUUUCGCCCUAACGUCAUACUCUGUCGCAGAGCGGGUCGCAAAGCGAGGAAG